GAGAGAUCUUUUUUCGAAUACUUAACUAAGAAAUUGUCGCGAUGGGAUCAUGCCAGAAAGGAGUUGUGGUGGUGAACAGAGUAGAAGUGGUGGCAGCAUUGUUGCCACUUCCUGAGCACCGUCUGGCCUUGUCGAAUUUGGACCUGCUGUUGCCACCUUUCGACGUUGGAAUUUUGUUCUGCUAUAAUAUUGAGGUAGGCAUGAAAAAUGAGAUGAUGAUAAGCAUGGUAAAGAAUGGGUUGAGUCAAGUACUAGUGUCGUUCUAUUCGCUUGCUGGUGAAGUGGUGAUCAAUCAUGAAGGAGAAUCUGAGAUACUCUGCAACAACCGCGGUGUGGAUUUUCUCCAGGCUUCUGCAGAUGUCGAAGUCCAGCAUCUUGAUCUGUACAAACCAGAUGGGGUCUAUGCAAACUUUGUUCCUGUUAAAAAACAGGGUGUUCUUUCGGUACAGGUGACAGAGAUGAAGUGUGGGGGAUUAGUGAUAGGCUGCAGCUUUGAUCAUCGCGUAGCUGAUGCUUACUCAAUCAACAAAUUUCUCGUCGCAUGGGCUGAUAUGACUAGAUCCAACCUCUCUGGGGGUAAAAGUAUGGCAUUAGUAUCCUCCCCUGACUAUUGCCAUUCACUCCUCCAUCCGCGGAACCCUGGCCACCCUGUUGCUGUCAUUGACAACUUUUACAUGCUUGUCAAAGCUGCAUCGUCUAAUUUACCACAGCCACCACCAUUGUUCCAUCUCCAAAGCCGCAUAUACAGGAUCAAGGCCCGCCUAAUUUCUCAUCUCCAAUCUCUAGCAGGACACAAACGAACCAAAUUCGAGUACUUCACUGCCUUGUUAUGGAAGUUACUAGCAAAAGCCAGUGAAGAAGACCAAAAAAGGUGCAAACUGGGAAUUGUAGUCAAUGGACGAGAUUAUUUCAGAAAUUCUGCAUCUGUAAACCAUAAAUCCCUGGAGAAUUACUUUGGAAACGUAUUAUCAGUUCCGUAUAUUGAUGCUAGUGUUGGUGAGCUCAGAUCAAUGCCUCUUUCUGAAAUUGCAGAUGAAGUGCAUGCAUGUGUGGAGAGCGCAUCAAAUGGAGAGCAUUUUAGGGGGCUCGUCGAUUGGGUUGAGAAUCACCGUCCUUUUCAAGCAAUGUGCAAGAUUUUUUCAUUCCUGCCUAGUGACACAGAGGAGCUGGCUGUCCUAGUCUCCUCAGGCAAGAAUUUUUCGGUCACCAAAAUGGACUUUGGUUGGGGCCGCCCCUCAUUCGGGUCCUUCCUUUUCCCUUGGGGCGACACCACUGGAUUUGUCAUGCCAAUGCCCAGUGCUACAGAUGAUGGCGAUUGGAUUGUGUACAUGCAUCUUACUGAAAAGCACUUAGAUUUUUUGGAGAAAGAGGCGCCUCGUAUCUUCACGCCAUUUGCUUUCAUUAGCCCUUUGAAAGUGUCUAAACUUUGAUCUGACACACCAAGAACAACACAAUACUUAAUUCACAAUCUAAUCAGCCUCCCCUUUUAAUCUCAAUAUAUUCAUGGCUAUAUGAAUCUUAGUAAAAUUCUACAAUUUCAUAGACAAAUGGAUGCAGACCGGUUCAAAACAUAAAUGAAUGAGCACCGGCCUGUAAAUGUAACAAUAAAAAUGCAUCACAAAAGGUCUCUUCAGCAUCAUCUGAGAACUGCAAGUGAACGCGUGGAACUCCCUGAUACAGAGCCCACAUUUGUUGUAUAAAUUUCUGCAAUCUGAGUAGCGCAUAAAAUUGUUUAAGCGGUGAAGAGAAGACAGAUGUAACUAGUCAGAAACCUAUUUCUAUUACAUGAUCAGUUCCAUUCACAAGUUCUGCAGAUGAAUUUUAGAUGGUAAUUUCAAUAGUAAUAAUACCAAAACCUGCCUAUCCAACAACUAUAUGUACGACCAUGAUCAUGUAUGAAUAAUUGAAUAUCUAUGACAUGUAUGUGUUGAUAAUGUACCAAUAAUUGAAUAUCUCUAUUAUGUAUGUCUGG